AGUUCUCCUACGACAAGGCUGUGCCUAGAGCUCAGUAUCCGUCAACGUCUCAUAGAGUAAACAACUUAAUAUAAAUUAUUUGUAAAAUUGUGUCCUAAUAAAAUAGGAAUAUUAGUUUUUGGCCGUAAUUUUUUUUUUAACUACCUUUUAUUGGUGCCCCAAAAUUUUAUACGUUUGGAAAUUUAAAGUGAAAAAUUUUUGGACUACAACGGUUUACUCUCAUUUUCCUCUUUUUUUUUGUGUUGUUCCUUCGAGCCAAGUGAGGCAGCUGAGCAAUGUUCCGACUCUCGCGUAAGUUGCUUUUCCGGAUAUGCAGAAAGUCGCCGGUAUGUCGUCAGUAUGCGGCGAAAGUUAUCCGGCGGUCGUACGCCUCUCAGGCCAUCAACCAGAUGUUGCUCCUCCAGCAGAUGGACAUCUGUGCGGACCAGCCAUCGCGAGCCCUCGUGAUCGGUGUGUACGCUGAUGAGGAGGACAAGAACGAUGCGGGCAUUCUUACUCCCGCUGGCUGGCGGUACAAUCUCCAGAAGACAAAAGGUCGCCUCAUCGAGGUCCUUCGGAUGUCUGGACCCAUGCCCAAGCGAGGCGAGGCCCGACUCUUGUUUGCGGUGGAGCCUGAACGCAUCCCCUACUACUCCGUGGUGGCGGUCGUGGGUCUGGGCAAAGAGUGCCUUGGCUACAAUCCGUACGAGGUUCUUGAUGAGCAGAAGGAGGCUAUCCGUCGCUCGGUUGCUGCCGCAUGCCGCAUCCUCGCUGAGCUAGAUACGGACCGUAUCGAAGUAGAGAACUGUGGGCACGCCGAAUCCGCUGCUGAAGGUGCAGCGCUCGGAAUCUGGUUAUACCAGGAACUCCGUGACCCGAAGAGCCGCAUCUUCGUCCCAGCCAUUGAUUUGUACGCCACCAAGGACGAGGUGUGCGACAUUGAGGGUUGGCGCAUUGGCUUACAGAAGGCUGCCGCCCAGAAUCUUACGCGACAACUGCAGGAGAUGCCCUCUAACCUUCUGACUCCCACUGCCUUUGCCCAGAAUGUCGUCGAGGUGCUCUGUAAAUCGGGAGUCAACGUAGAGGUGAAAGUCGAGGGCUGGGCGGAGAGCCAGUCCAUGCACGCCUUCCUGGCGGUGGGCAAGGCCUCCUGUGAGCCACCCAUCUUCCUGGAGCUGAGCUACUACGGAACGUGUGCGGAGGAGCGGCCGAUCGUCCUGGUCGGUCAAGGAAUCACGUACGAUGCCGGCGGUCUGUGUUUGAAGCAAAAGAAGGAACUUUUCAAUAUGCGAGGCGACAUGACUGGAGCAGCAGUGGUUGUUGCCACUUGCCGAGCUGUGGCUGGACUGAGGUUGCCGGUUAACAUUCGUGGCCUUAUCCCGCUGUGCGAGAACGUGAUCGGUUGCAAUUCUUUCCGUCCUGGAGACAUGGUCAAGUCUAUGAACGGCAAGACCAUCGAAGUCCAGUGCACCGACCACGAGGAUGUCUUGGUGCUGGCAGAUGCUCUGUUGUACGCCCAGAAUUUCUGUCCCAAGUGUAUCAUAGAUAUCGGAACCUGUUCCGGUUAUAUGAGACAGGCCUUAGAUGAGGCUGCCGCUGGCGUGUUCACCAAUUCAGAGAUCCUGUGGCAGCAGAUAAAGCACGCCAGUAUGCACACCGGUGAUCGGGUGUGGCGUUUCCCUCUGUGGAACUACUACAGCAAGGCCGUGCGUGCCGGAAACCGCAGUGAUGUCCAGAACUACGGUAUUGGCCGUGGUGGUCGUCCCUGCAAAGCUGCCGCCUUCCUUCGUGAAUUCGUACCCUGUGGACAAUGGAUGCAUAUUGACGCUACCAAUGUGAUGGUCACCAACGGGCUGGACUUCGAGUACCUACGUCGUGGAAUGGCAGGUCGUCCCACGCGUACCCUUAUUGAGUUCAUUGCGCAAACUAUCUGCAAGGACACUGCUCCUAAGAUGGGAAAAUAAUGCAAUGAAUAUAAGGACGAGGGUUACUGAACAGCACCUGAAAGGCACAGCCCCGAAGGUGAUAAAGAAGCCUAACAUCACGUACAUAUUUGGCGAUUUUUUAUAUUUUUAUGAAGUUAUCCGGGGUUGGAUUAGUCCUGUCAUUAAGUCCAGUCCCAACAAAAUUGCAAGCAAGGU